GUUUCUUUACAUUAUAUAUUUGUUCAAAAUAAAAACUAUAUUAUAACUACCAAACACACAAAAUAUCUCUCUUCUUUGUUCUUCUUCGUCUCUGUUCAGCCUUCUCCAAUGGUGUUCAAAUCAAUGCCCUCUUACUCUUCUGCUGCUGCUGCUGCUGCAAAGGAACAAUCUUUAUCUGUCUCUUCAAAACAUAAACUCUCAUCCUUCUUUAUGCCACGGAAAACACCCAAUCAACCCAAAACCCCUCAAAUUAAUACAACAAAACCCAUUAAGUCUUCGCCAAGUUCAGUACCCAAGGCUCCGAUGCCGACCUUACUUGAAAAGUUACUCAACCGCAACUCAGGUAAUGUUUCUCUCUCUGAAUUGCGUUCCUGCUUUGAUGAGAUGAUUCGUAUGAACCCCACUCCUCCAGUGUCUUCAUUUAAUCCUUUGAUUGUUGUUUUAGCUAAGAACAAACACUACUCUGAUGUUUUUAAGCUUUAUAAUUGGAUUAACUCAAAUGGGUUGUUGCCCAGUUUCAUAAUGAUCAAUGUUUUGCUUAAUUGCUACUGUAAUUUAAACCGAGUUUCUGAUGGUUUUGUGGCACUGGGAAGCAUGAUAAGGAAGGGUUAUAAUCCAAAUAUUGUGACUUAUACAUCUUUAGUUAAAGGGCUGUGUUUGGAGAAUAAGAUUUUUGAGGCAAUUAGGUUAUUUAAGAUGAUUUUCAAGUUGGGUUGUAAGCCCAAUGCUGUCACCUUUGGUACUCUGAUUAAUGGGUUGUGUAGGACUGGAAAUGCAUCUAUUGCACUCGAGUUACAUGAACAAAUGGCUAGUGGGAAAGAUCAUGGAGAUGGUUUUAAGUGCACACCAAAUCUAGUUUGGUAUGGGGCUAUCAUUGAUGGGCUGUGUAAGGAAGGUUUGAUAGAAAAAGCACAACAACUGUUCUUGGAAAUGAAAGAGAAGGGGGUUCUUCCUGAUGUUGUUGUUUAUAGCUCUUUGAUGCAUGGUUUGUGCUACGCAGAUAAAUGGGAAGAGGCCAAAGCUUUGUUCAGUGAGAUGACAAAUCAAGAUGUGCAGCCUAAUGUAGUGACUUUUAAUGUGUGGAUUGAUGUGCUUUCCAAGACGGGAAAGAUGAAAGAAGCUUAUGAUGUGCUAGAAAUGAUGAUUGAGAAAGGUCAACAUCCUGAUGAAAUCACUUACAACACUUUGUUAAAUGGCUUAUGUCAAACUGGUAGGCUUAGUCAAGCCAAGAAGCUAUUUCUUUCCUUUCAAGAUAAAGGGUUUAAACCUGAUUCAUUUAGCUACAACAUGUUGAUUCGUGGACUUUGCAAGAAAUCAAAGACUGAUGAUGCUUUGAGUCUCUUCAGGGAAAUGACUCCGCGGGGAGUUAGGCCCAAUGUAGUAACAUACAAUACCUUAAUACACGGUUUCUUCAAUACCGGUAACAUUGAUGAUGCCCGCAAAUUGUUUAGUGAGAUGCAAGUUCAUCAUCUUGUACCAAAUGCGAGUACAUAUGCUGUGUUUUUGGGUGGACUGUGCAAGAACAAGCAUGUUUCAGAGGCAUUGGAAAUUUUUCAGGGUCUAAAAAAUGGUGAGUUUGAGCUGAAUGUUCAAAUUUUCAAUACUCUCAUUGAUGGAUUGUGUAAAUCAGAAAAAUUCGAGAUUGCUUGGGAGCUAUAUCAAGGAUUUGUCCAAAGAGGACUGGUGCCUAAUGUUGUGACAUAUUCAAUCUUGAUCCAUGCGCUUUGCGAAAAUAGAGAUUUCGUAAAAGCAAAUGAUAUGUUUCUUGAGAUGGAAAGGAAAGGUUGUGCCCCAAAUUUUGUCACAUAUAACACACUGAUGAAUGCUUUUAUAAAAAACAAUGAGCUUUCGAAAGUGGUUGAACUUCUCCAUAAAAUGGCAGAGAAAAAUGUGCCGCCUGAUGCUUCUACAUUCGCCAUUGUGAUAGAUGUACUAUCAAAGGAUGAAAAGUAUCGUCAUUGUCUAAGUUUGCUUCCAACGUUUCCUGUUCAGAAGCAAUGGAGAGUGGAAACAAUUUGCCCCAAGUCAAUGGCAUGAGUUAUAAUUUACAAUCUUUAUCUGGAGUUGUUCCUGAUCAUAAUACGAAAGGGCUGCAACGAAUCUCUCUGACUCACCUGAAUAGUUUAUCAAUCAGGAAAUUGCUUGGUCUAACAUCAAAAGUGAGUUUCGAGUGGAUACAGCAGCAAAGAUCAAAUGGCUUACCUCCAUUCUCCGUGAACUUCAUGUUGGGUCGAUAAUCAAGGCGCGGCUUCCCUAGCUGCCAAUCGUGCCUUUCAUGCUCGUGCCAAGCACAUUAAAAUAGAUCUUCAUGAGCUUGACGUUUGCUAUGUUCCAUCUAAUCUAUAGUCCAAGUGAGCUGAUAUUCAUACUAAAAUGUUAUCGCUUGAUUACUUUGCCUACUUUAAGUCAAAGCUCAAAGUGUGUUCCACACCAUUUCGCUUGAGUUGGGAAGAUAAGCAAGACAAUCUCCAAACUUAUAGACUUUUCUCUCAAUUAUUCUGAGUUGAGUUUUUGUACUGAUAAGUUGACAAAGUCAUUAUAAUCAAGGGUAGAAAGAAUGAAAGCAACCAUGAUAAGAAUUGUAUUGUAAUUGAGAAGUAGCUCUUGGGAGCUGAUCUCUUUAUCUUUUUUUUAUCAAUCUCCUCCAUGAUUUUGGCUAUUAAUUAUCUUCGUUACUUCAUUAAAGACCCUAAUUGGGGUAGAUUAAUACUUGUUUAAACUAAGCUAAAGCUUGCAUUGUUUAUGACAAAUGCCCCAAGUAAUGUGGCUUGACUAUAACUUCUUUUUCUUUGUAUUUGGUCUUAUCUAUAUAUUAAAGAAGAAAGCGAAUGGAGCUGAAUUGGAAGAAAAUUCAAUCUCUUACAAUAUGUGAAAUUAGAAUAUGCAGAAGUUAAUGCUCAGCAUUUGGAGACAACUGAAUGAUUUAACUACUUGGAGUGAAGAAAGCUAACUCAGAACAUGAAGAUAAACUAAGCUCUAUUAAUAAUGUCAUAAAGAUAUAGCCUAAUGCAAACAAUUUAUCUCAAUUUUCUGAGGCUUAAACAUAUGAUACAUUAGUAUUACAUAUAAUAAUUAGAAGAAUACAACUAAACCAAUUUGGUCUUAAUUCUUUUAACUUCACUUCUAAGAUAAAAUCAGACCCAAAAGGCUAACAAACUAAACUAUAAUAAUACAAGAUAAAAUAUAAUGAUCGAUUGUAAUUAGAGCAUUUCCCAAAAGCUUCAUUCACAUUGAAAAUAACAAAACACAUCAACCCUAGAAAGAUUACACAAAGAUUAAAUUCAUCAGCCUCCGAAUCCGUAUAGAGUACGGCCUUGUCUUUUCAAAGCAUAGACGACGUCCAUGGCAGUGACGGUCUUCCGGCGAGCGUGCUCGGUGUAAGUAACGGCGUCACGGAUGACGUUCUCUAGAAAGAUCUUGAGUACGCCACGAGUCUCCUCGUAGAUGAGACCGCUGAUACGCUUAACGCCGCCACGUCUGGCCAAACGGCGGAUGGCGGGCUUGGUGAUGCCCUGGAUGUUGUCUCUGAGGACCUUGCGAUGCCUCUUGGCUCCUCCCUUUCCCAAACCCUUUCCACCUUUGCCUCUUCCUGACAUUUUUGGUUCCUUUCUUUCUCUGCAACUUUUCUCUGUGGAGUGGUGAAUGAGUUUUUGUUGUUGUU